AUGCCUGGAAAAAUAAAAGUUAAAGUUUUAGCUGGACGCAACUUGCCGGUAAUGGACCGAGCAGGUGAUACGACUGAUGCUUUCGUAGAGAUCAAAUUUGGAGGUAUUACCCACAAGACUGAUGUCUGUCGGAAGUCUUUGAACCCCCAUUGGAGUAGUACUGAGUGGUAUAGAUUUGAGGUUGACGAAUCGGAACUUCAAGAUGAGCCUCUACAGUUAAGACUGAUGGACCACGAUACGUACUCGGCGAACGACGCGAUCGGCAAGGUCGUUAUAAGCCUAGCACCCCUCCUCGCUAGAGAGGCUAACAAUGCGAAGGGAACGGGAGGUCCGCCUGGAGGAGCUGUAAUGUCCGGCUGGAUCCCGGUGUUCGACACAAUGCACGGUAUCCGAGGGGAGUUGAAUGUUAUCGUCAAAGUGGAACUGUUUUCUGACUUCAACAAGUACAAGACGUCCAGUUGUGGUGUACAGUUUUUUCAUUGUCCCAUGAUACCGCCUGGAUACAGAGCAGCGGCCAUCCAUGGUUUCGUUGAGGAGCUGAUCGUAAACGACGAUCCCGAGUACCAAUGGAUCGACAAGAUCAGGACGCCGCGGGCCUCAAACGAGGCCAGGCAGGUUGCCUUCAUCAAACUGAGUAACCAGGUACAACGGCUAGUGGGAUUAAAAGCGGCAGAAUUGGGCGCCAACGCAGUGGUGGGCUACCAGCAGGACUUCGACUUGGAGGGAGAGGCCGGCGUUGUAGCGAGGGCCAUCGGCACUGCCGUCAGCAUAACGCCUCUACCGACACCAAGUCAACCCAUUAACAUACCACCAUGUUCGCAACAACAACUAAGAAAAUAUUUGGAUAUUUUGGCGAACGAUGACGAGAGUGUCUCAGAUCUCACUGAGUACUAUCAAAAUCACCAGGACGAAUUGCUAAAACUUCUCAAUAUCCUAAAUCCUAAGGCUCCAUAUUUACUAGAUGAGCCGGAUAAUUUAGAUGAGGACGACAAAAGUGUGGAACUAGUAAAAGAACCGGUUGCAAGGAAUUAUGGUGGCGAUCGUUCAAUUUAUCAAGAAGACUAUGUAUCCAAGCAAAGCUUAAGACAUCUUUCUGAGGAUCAAACUGAUCUUAAUAGAUUGUUGAAUAGAUCCAGCGACUACGAUUCCGAUAGCUCAGGACCUUUGCAAAAAAUAAAAAAGAUAAAAACCAAUUUCUUUACAAAAAGGUUUUCAGUUUCCCGAUCGCGAAAAACGGAAACACAAGACGACCAAGUAUCUUUAAAAUCUAACUCUUCUGACAAUUCUCGUAUAUCUAUAACUGACAUAAAGAAUGAAUUCAAGAAAUUAAAAAGGUUGAAGAAGCCAAAAAUACUCAAGGUCAUCAAUAAGGAAGAGGAAGGUAUAGGCAUGGCGUCUAUAUUGGCUAGAUCAGUAAUUCACGCGCAAACGAGUCUAGCAUGUAUUGCUGAAUCUCAAGAUUCUGAACAUUCGCCCGCCUCAACUAUGAGACGUAUUAGUGAAUCUGAACCCACCAUAAACUUUUCGGAUGAAGAAAAAAAUAAAGGGGAUAUAGAUCGUACUUCUACAAAGGAUACAUUAAAUGACAAUAAAACAGUGAUACCAGAAAUAUGCUGUUUAUCAUUAGAAAACAUUAAAAGUGAAAACUAUGAGGGAAAGGAUAAUAAGAAGCAAAGGGAACUAUCCGAGUCAUGUCCAACUACACCUAUGGUAAUUCGAAGCGAUAAUCUUUUAAAGUUGCCUGAAGAAGGUGAUUUUUAUGGCUCAGUAUCAUCUGCUUUGUCUGUGCGUAGUUCGGAAUAUACGAGUUCAGAUGAAGACGAUGAAAGUUCCGAGUUGAAAACAGAUACCGAAAGAACAAUUGAAACAACAAGUUCUCUCGUAGAAUCCGUUUUGAGCCACAAUACGAAUCCUAAUUUAAUUGCGCAAAAGGAAAAUAAACUUUCUUUAUUUCAAAUUACUUCUAACGACGGUAAAGUACAUAAAAUUCAAGAUGGCAACAAUGAGGCAAACAAAAAUAAUGACGUUAACAUUAUGGGCUCUACAGCAAAUGCCUGUGUAGAAACUUUACAAGAAUAUAAUUUGAAAAACACUGUUAACAUUGGAGUAGAAAAUAGCGAGGUUAAUAAGAAAGAUAACGCAGAAGAAAAAUCUAGAACAGAUAAAAGUAAUGUAAUUCUAAAUGUUCCGAAUAGUUCAGAUGCGGUCUGCCCGAAAGACAAGUGCGUAACUAAAAAGUCAAGUAACCAUAUUAAAAUGAAUAAUCCUUUUGCUCAUAAAAAAGCUUCUAAGAGCGUAAGCGCACCUUCCUCCCCAGUAGACAGAAAAGGCUUUGUAUAUCGUUCAUCGAAGCGAAUAAAGCGUCAACUAACCAAGAUUACGAAGAGUAGUACGAUCAAAAGCUUAUCUCAUUAUACCCUUAGACCAAAGAAAAAGCAUGAGGAUCCUAAAAAUGCUAUGAGUCACCCUGGCUCCGCUUCUGAUGUUACUUCAAAGGCUCCUAGCGAAACAGUCUUAGGUUCUCCUUUCCUUUCUUAUACAGACUUGCUUAGCCUUGAUAGGCAGGGCUUCGAGGCAAAUACUAGACUUCAUAAAAGCGAUGAAACGGGCAUUGCAAAAUUUUCAAUGUAUAUUGGGUCAGAACCAGUCUCUCGUACAUCUUUCAGUGGUCCUUCCAGACACCACAGCAAAAGUCAAAGUUUUCGUGAACAACGGUCACAAAAAAAAGAAAGAUCAAGUCUUAAACCGACUGGUUUGAUCCACACUGCGAUGGAAACUAUUUUAAUGGAUAAAGUACAAUCUUUGUUGAUACUAACAUCGCCUGACCCAAUCCAAAGUAAUGAUAAGAAAUUUUUUGAUGAUUUGAACGAAAAAUUGGAGGAAGUUGAAGUAUCCAGAAAAAAAAUUCAGCAAAGGCAAUUAGAAUGUGAAUUAAUUAGGGACAAUAAAAACGAAAGCGACUCUUUAAAAGAUAAGAAAAAACUUGUCAGACAAGACAGUAUUCAUUCAACUGCUGACACUGGAGAGUCGUCCAAAGUGUCCAAUGAUUUAGAACCUAACCACAUCAUUCCAUGCAAGUUAACAAACACACCGGUAUUGCAACACUUUCAUCCCAUACUUAGUGGCACUCCUUUAGAGUCCAUACCAUCGCUGCCAGAGAGCAGUUUGGAUCGCGUUGAGAGUUUAGAUGUAGAGGGCAUAGGCGAUAAGUGUGAGAGUGGAACUAACAGUGCUAGCGUGUGUGGUAACUUGCAUGCAGCGUGCCGUUUUGACAGGAGCGAGCGGGAUAGAGAUAAGAAUGAAAAGGAGAAAGGGUCGCCGAGACAUGCUCGGCAUGAAUCGUACGGCGGUCGGGAACCGGUGGCCGGAGCUACUGCGCAGAAUGCUUCAUUAAACUCUUCAUCAAUACCAGUUGGAAUAUCACAUAGAAGGUCUUCAGAUUCCGAUCUAAGCAUCACACCUAAAGGAAGUUCCUUAAAUGCAUCCUUGGGCAACGCUGGUAGCGGUGGUGGUGCAAUUCUAAGGCCGUCCAUGAAUAGCAAUAAUCUGGAUAUGUUGGAAUAUCCCUUCCUCACUAUGACUGAAUAUCCUCCCGGGUUUAUUGUGCAUAUAGGUGGAACCGUUUGCGCGCGGUCCGUGAAACUGGUGGAUGGUGGCGGGGAAAGCGUUGCGCGUGCGGCGUGGUGGGCCGAGCUGCGUACCGAGCUGCGGGCGCACGCGCGGGCCUUGCGCUGCACCGCCGUGCUGGCCUACAGCGAGCGCGUGGCCGUGAGAGAAGAUGUAUGCGUUUUGUCAGCUUCGGGAACGGCUGCAGUUAUUAAUUUAGACUGCGAAUUCGUCAGUGAUGAAACUCCUGUCACAGGUCUCAAUAAGAUCGCCUCUGAUAUAGUUCUCGCAAUCCACGAAGUCGAGCGGGCUUUAUAG